GGCACUGGUCACUAGAUGGCGAGCUAUUCGAAAGCCGUAAAACAAAGUAAGAGAUAUUGUUCCUUCACUAUACCUUCCUUGCUUGUCGCCAUAUUGACCGCAUCAGCCGUCCUUGUCACCAAGAUGACCUUCUUUGCACAUGUGAAGAUUGAUUCUCGCUUCUUCAAAAUGCUGAUGGUACCACUGGCAGGCUUCUUAGUGGGAACAUAUUUUGACAGAAUGGAAACCGAAAGACAAUCGAUGUUCAGGGACAAAUCAGCUCUGUACGGACGAGAGCUGGCUGAGGGGGAGAAGCCGUCCUGGCCCUGACAACCACACACCUUACUAGUUGGCUCUUUGUAAAUCUUUAUUUAUAUUCAAAUGAUUAAGAACCUUAGUUUUUCAAAUGUACAGUAUAUAAUAAGUAUUUCAGAAUAAAUUAUUAAAUAGC